CCCAAUCUGGCGAAUCCUUUUUUUUGACCAGGGGUCCAGCGGCAAGCAAAGUUUAGCCCAUCCGCCCAUGCGACCCGGCGACCUGGGCCCCGCUCGGUCGCGGCAGGCAAAAGUGGUGGGCCCCCUUGUCUUGGCUCGGCCGCGUCAAGCCAAAAAUUUCCGGGGUUCGAUCACCGAGUCCGAGCCGUGUUCACAUCACGUCGCCGUCCGAUCCCAACGUCCCGCUCUCCCGACCGUGUGUUCUCUGAGCGCAUCGGUUCGAAAGAAUAUCAAGAUGGUGGGCGUUCUCCGCCGUUUCAACCAGCUUAAAGCACUUGUCAGGAUAAGGACUGGCCCGGGGGCGGCAGUUCUUCCACAGGAUGUGACGCGGAUACACAUGGAGUUUGCCCACAAGUUGAACGACGGCCAUAUGGGGCCGAGGAAAUUCUGGCGAGAGGCGCUUCCGCGAUUAAAAUACUGGAACCCCGCGGUACCCAUGGUCGUCAACCGAACAACAGACAACAGUGGGCCGGCCACACUGACGCUCUACUUCCGCGAACCGGGCGCAACACUCGCGUCAGAUAUGCCAAUGCCCAGUUCAUCAAACGAGGGCUUUGCGAAGGCGCCCGCGCCGGCCGAGGGCGAGCGCGUCGUCACCAUCGAUAUGAAACACCGGCGGUCCGAGGCCAUCCUUAAGGAGUUCAUGGACAAGAGCGGCGCCGUGGCAGUCACGCCCACACCGCAAGAUGAGGUUGAGCUGCGUGAGGCGGAGGAGCGGGAAGCGAAGGGUGCCGUUGACCGUGAGCGGAUCAGGAGGAUGAACGAGGAAGCGAAGAGGGAGAAAGCAAUGAUCGCACAGGCGCAAUCGGAGGCAGCUGCUAUCCGCUCGUCAUUGUAAAGAUAUCCGGCCGGCGAGGUGCGGAGAUGUUGGCUGCUAGGGGGAUAGAGACAGCCGCGUGUAUAUCAUUGUACAUUACAUACGCCUGGGCCAAGAGAUGGACAUUGUAUGGCGAGCUUGGAAACGCUCCAAACGGGGUCGGCCGGCGUGGUCAGUCCGCAAUAUAACCGCCU